AUGGAGGUCUACAUCAACGACAUGCUGGUCAAGUCCCUAGAGGCAGAGGACCACAUAUCUCACCUACAGCUGGCCUUCUCCGCCCUCCAGAAGUACAACAUGAAGCUCAACCCAGCCAAAUGCUCAUUCGGGGACGGCUCUGGCAAGUUCCUAGGGUACAUUGUAACCCAGUGGGGAAUCGAGGCCAACCCGGAGCAAAUCAGGGCCAUUCACUCAAUCCCUUCCCCGAGGAACGUCAAGGAGGUUCAUAAGCUAACGGGAAGAAUGGCGGCCUUGAGCAAGUUCAUCUCCAGACUCUCCAACAAAUCUCAGGCCUUCUUCGUAACCCUCAAAAAUCCAAGAGACUUCCAAUGGACGGAAGAGUGCGAAUCCGCUCUAUCGUAUCUCACCACUCCUCCUCUCCUAUCCAAUCCUCUACACGGUGAAGUCCUGCUGCUAUAUCUAGCAGUCUCCGAACACACCGUGAGUGCCGUCCUCGUCCGCGAGGAGGGAAACAAGCAGCUACCAAUCUAUUACGUAAGUAAGGCUUUCCUGGACGUGAAAACCCGCAAUAGCCAUCUAGAGAAGCUGGCCCUAGCCCUGAUAGUCGCUGCUCACAAGCUCCGACCCUACUUCCAGGCUCAUCCAAUCGUGGUUGUUACCUCUUUCUCUGUAAAGUUGGUCCUCCACAACCCAGAAGUCUCUGGACGCCUAGUCAAAUGGGCUGUGGAACUAGGGGAGUACGACAUAAUAUUCCGACCUGCCACGGCUAUAAAGUCACAGGUCCUAGCGGACUUCGUGGCUGAAUUCUCACUUGCCUUGCUCCCAGCUUUGGAGCAGGAGGUACGCCUCCGAGGCGAAACUAAGGAAGAGGGAGAAUGGAUCUUGCACGUUGAUGGAUCCAGUAACGUCAGAGGAGCUGGAGUGGGGAUAGUGCUCACCUCGCCAACGGGGAACACAGCCUCAAGGGCCAUAACAUGCAACUUCAAAGCAACCAACAACGAAAGCGAGUAUGAGGCCCUAAUAGCAGGUCUAACCCUCGCCCACCAAAUGGGGGCAGAAAACAUCCAGGUCUUCGGUGACUCCCAGCUGAUAAUCAACCAGGUACAGGGAGAGUACCAAGCAAAAGAUGGCAGCAUGAUCAAGUAUGUGGAGGUCACCCAACGACUAAUCAAGAAGUUCAAGAGCUGCAAGCUCACUCAAAUCCCCUGGGAACAAAACUCGCAAGCCGAUGCCCUCGCUAAUCUGGGGUCCUCCCUCGAAACUAGUAGUCAGAUGAGUAUCCCCUUGCUCGUGCUUCAAUGGCCAGCCACCCUAGAGGAACCUCCUUCAGAAGAGGUCUCCGCCGUCGAAGAAGGUGAAACAUGGAUGACCCCCCUAGUCCAGUACCUUGAAGCCGACAUCCUCCCGAAAGAUCGCAACGAGGCCAGGAAAAUCAAGAAGCGAGCCGCAAGGUACUGUAUCUCCCAGGAGAGGCUGUACCGAAGAUCCUUCUCUGGCCCGUAUCUGAGCGGUAGAAGCCUGGUGCUCAGAGCCAGAAGGGUGGGUUACUACUGGACGAUGGCCUCCGACGCCGACAGACAAGCAAUGCACUAUGACCAGUGCCAGAGGCACGCUCCAGUCUCCAAGAUUCCCCCGGAGAAUCUCAAGUCCAUAAGCUCACCAUGGCCCUUCAGAAAGUGGGACAUGGACAUAGUAGGGGCAGAAGGUCUUCCUUCAAAUAGUCCCUGA